CAAAACUGGUGAUUUGAUUGGUUUUAUAAUUUGGCGUUGUUAUUUCUCAUUCUCAAACAACCAAAGUUGUGCGAGGGAACUCGGAAUAUCAUCACCCAACUUCCUUCUCUCGGCAAAUCUCUACUUCCACUCUCCAACUAAUGGCGUUUUCUUCACUGCCCAUCAUCUUCUUCUUCCUUUUCGUUUCAAUAAUCAUCCCAAUUUCUCAUUCCAUACCUUUCAUAGUGCUCCACGGUAUUGGAGAUAAAUGCUCAAAUAAAGGCAUGAGGAAGUUUACAAAGUACUUAAGUGAUAAUUCUGGUGCUGAGGGAUAUUGCAUAGAAAUUGGCAAUGGGGGAUGGGAUUCGUGGUUUAUGUCCCUUGAGGAGCAGUCCCAAAUUGUUUGCAACAAGGUGAAGAAAAUGAAAGAGCUAAAAGAGGGCUUCAACUUUGUUGGUCUCUCCCAGGGUAACUUAAUCGGCCGAGCAGUCGUAGAAUUCUGCGAUGGAGCGCCUCCUGUUAAGAACUUCAUCUCUUUAGGGGGUCCUCAUGCUGGCAUAGCCUCUGUUCCACUUUGUGGUUCUGGCAUUUGGUGCAUACUUGCAGACGACAUAAUGAAGUUAGGUAUCUACUCAGAUGCUGUCCAAAAUUCUUUGGCUCCUAGUGGUUAUAUUAAAAUACCGAAUGAUAUCCCCAACUAUUUAGAGCACUGUAAGUUUCUCCCGAAGCUUAAUAACGAACGCGCCGGUGCUAGAAACUCGACAUACAAGGAACGAUUUAGUAGUUUAAAGAACUUGGUGCUAAUCAUGUUUGAGGAUGAUAAGGUGCUGGUCCCAAAGGAAACGGCGUGGUUCGGGUAUUACCCGGACGGGGAGUUUGAGCCUGUUUUACCCCCACAGCAGACAAAGCUUUACACAGAGGAUUGGAUUGGAUUGAGAAGGCUAGAUGAAGGUGGAAGAGUCCAGUUUAUAAAAGUUGAAGGAGGUCAUCUUGGAAUCUCGUACAGUGAUGCAAAAAAGUACAUUGUGCCUUAUCUGGAGGAACAGCAGCAACCUCUUCAAUUUGGUUUACAAAGCAAGCAUGUUUCUUGGAGUUUAGCUUACAGGAAGUAGUAGCUUUCAAGCUACAAUCGAAUACCAUCAACAACCUGCUUUUGCAAUAUUCAUAUUGUACUCUUUGCAAUAUUCAUAUCACUAUUUCGACCAAAA